AUUUUCGCUAUUCCCAGGUUGUUCUAAACCGUAUAUGUCGGUCACAUAUCGCUUAAGCGAUAUCUGUCAAAAGUGAAAUUUUGUAGCGAUUUUGGUGAUCGUCCGCAGAAUUUCUGAGCAAUUUUGGGAAACCUAAGAAAUGGCGGACCCAAAAUAUUCUGAGUUAGCCGGAAAUGCAUAUGAUCAACUUGAUGAUGCUAAACUGGUCUACGAGACAAGUGAUCUACCAGAAUCAGAGCAAAUGCCAAUGUAUUGUGAGGAUGAACCUGACAGCUCCUGUGUGGAACAGUUACAUAUCAGUGCUAAAGAAGCAUUCAACAAGUUUAAAGGCAAACAAAUCAUUGGGGAACAUGUUGAUUUCUCAGAUCGCUUAUCAUACAAACCUAGGACAGGAUACAAAUUUGGAGAUUGGGAUUGGGAACUAGUUAGUCAAGGUGAAAAGGAAUCUCCUUUACAGAAAUACCAACGAUUGCAAUGUGAAGUUAAAGAAUUGUAUGAAGAAGUGAAUGAGUUAAAAGAAAAAUCUAAAGAUGAGCAAGAAAUCAAGUCUGCAAGUGAAAUAAUCUCUCAAACACAGCAAAUAGAAAAGCAAUUAGUCUCUUUAAAACUAGAGGAAUGUCUAGGACCUGAUGUUGUGGCAAGUUUAUCAGAUCCACAAGGCACUACACUUAAGCAACUCAUAUCACAGAUAGAGUUGUUUAAGCAAACUAACGUGCCUGCAUCUAAGUCAUCAUCAGAGGAUACAAAAAUGGAUGAAUCGGCUGAACCUGGUAUUCUGAAGUAUCAGAUGAUGUACCUUCCGGAAAAGGCAAGAAUGCAAGAAGUUGCUAGGGUUGCACAACUUGAACAGAGACUUUGUUGUUUGGAAAAUCUUAUAGGUACAAGUAAUGACAAGCUUUCUAAAUUUUCACAGUAUCUGAAGUCCCAAGGCAUAAUGGAUGCUGUGCAACAACUAGAGGCAAAAGCUUCUUUGCUAGAUGUUAAUCAAUUGGAUACCAUUGAAACUAGAUUAGGUACAUUAAUUUACAGGAUGGACAGCAUUGCACAGAAAAAGGCAGCAGUGACACAAGAUUCAGAACAAGAACAAAAAAUUGCAGAAAUGUAUGAAAUAAUGAAGAAAACAGAUGCUAUAUCGCAAAUUCUACCGCAAACUGUAAACAGGCUAUUAGCACUCAAUGAGAUUCAUCAACAAGCUGCUACUUUUAGUAAAGCUUUGAUGAGAUUAGAAGAACUGCAAGCAGAAAUCACGUCGGGGUUAGAAAGCAAUAAAUCACUAUUGAAAGGAGUGCAGGAGAGUUUUGCCUCUAACAUGGAAAUCAUAAAAAGUAACAUAGCAUUACUGGACGAACGUGUUAAAAAGUUCAAGAAGUGAUUGAAUGAACGUAUUAAAUCUAGUUACGAAUAUAUUGCUAGCUUGAUUCCAUUUUCUCAAAUCGCUUUAUUUGGUAUAUACACACUCCUAUAAUAUUAAAUUAUUGUUUAUUAUUAUUGUAUAUUAUUUAAUUUAAUUUGUAAGUUUUUUUGAUCAUAUGCAAUUGCUUCAUUCAUUAACUUUUAAAUACUUUGGAUAUGAAUAUAUUUUUUGCAAUGGUAGUAUAUAAAAUAAUAUAAGCCUUCUAUCUGAACAUCAUUUUGGUGUAAUGCACAAGCGAGAAGUAUAUAUGUUCAUAUAUAAAGCAUGUGAACUAAAAUAAAUUGGAAAUCUAGUAAAAAAA